AUGGGUUGCCCCUUCAAUGGAUCACGAGUCACAUUUAUGGAAAUGGCAGAAGAAGAUGCGCAAGCCGGAACAAACAAGGUUGCACUUGGUCAAGGAGUUACGUAUGGGCAAUACCUGCAACUCGACAAACUUCUCGACUGCCAGAAAUUAUUGUCCGAAGAGCAGGGUAAUCGUGUGAAUGACGAGCAUCUCUUCAUCAUCAUCCAUCAGUCAUACGAGCUUUGGUUCAAACAGAUCAUCUUUGACAUCGAUAUCGUUCGAAUGCUGCUAAACCAUACAAUUGUGGAUGAGACGAAAACAUUACGAAUUGUAUCCGGCCUUGAUCGAACAGUGCGUAUCCUCAAACUGCUCGUCGAUCAGAUAACAAUUCUUGAUACAAUGAGUCCCUUGGAUUUCGUCGAUUUCAGAAAAUACCUCACGCCUGCAUCGGGCUUCCAGUCAUUGCAGUUUCGACUCUUGGAAAAUAAAAUGGGAGUGCGCCUGGAAAGAAGAAUAAAGUACAAUGCACAACAUUACAAAAAUGUGUUCCUGAAAAAAGAAGACGUACAAGCCGUAGAAGAAAGUGAGCAUGAACCUUCUUUAUUGAUGCUUAUACAGAAUUGGCUUGCAAGAACACCAGGACUCAAAGAAACUGUCAUAGAUGGUGAAGUAGACGAAGGUUUCUGGACAAAGUAUGAGCGUGCAGUUGAGAGAUACUUGAACGACUUAUAUGAAGAGGCUAUGAAAGAAACCCUUCCACAGAAUGUUCAUGAUCAGCUAUUGGCUGAGUACUACAAAACAAAAGAUUCGUUCGCAACAAUCCUUGACCCAAAACAACAUGCACAGCAGAUUCUCAAUGGUACACGACUGCUAUCUCACGAUGCUAUGAAAGGUGCCUUGAUGAUCUACUUUUACAGGGAUAUGCCUCGUUUCUCACAGCCUUAUCAAAUACUCACAUACCUUAUGGACAUUGAUAGUUUGUUCACAAAAUGGAGAUACAAUCAUGUGAUUCUCGUGCAACGAAUGCUUGGUAGCAAACAAGGAACUGGUGGCAGUUCAGGUUACAUGUACCUGAGGAGUACUGUAAGUGACAAGUACAAAGUGUUCCUUGACCUCUUCAACUUAUCAACAUGGCUUAUCCCCCGAGAGUACAUUCCUACGUUAUCCCCAAGAAUGGUGAAGACAUUGUCAGAGCAUUCAAAUCUGAAUACAUCAAAUAUGUUGUCCGAGACCGAGUGA